AUGAAGUGGCUACUGUUCUUGGGGGCCCUAAUUGGGCCCAGCAUCUGUGGCCGAGAGAAGUUUUUUGGGGACCAAGUUUUUAGGAUUAAUGCCAGAAAUGGAGACGAGAUCAGCAAACUGAGUCAACUGGUGAAUUCAGACAACUUAAAGCUCAAUGUCUGGAAGUCUCCCUCCACUUUCGGCCGUCCUGUAGAUAUCCUGGUGCCAUCCGUCAGUCUGUUGCCCGUCAAAUCCUUCCUGAGAUCUCAAGGAUUAGAAUUCUCUGUGACCAUUGAAGACCUGCAGGCUCUGUUAGAUCAUGAAGAUGAAGAAAUGCAACAUAACGAAGGGCAAGAACGGAGCAGUAAUAACUUCAACUAUGGGGCCUACCACUCACUAGAAGCUAUUUACCGUGAGAUGGACAGCAUUGCCGAGGAAUUCCCAGAGUUGGUUAGCCGGGAGAAAAUUGGACAUACAUUUGAAAACAGGUCGAUGUACAUCCUAAAGUUCAGCACCGGAGGAGACGGGCGCCGGGCCGCCGUGUGGCUGAAUGCGGGCAUCCAUUCCCGGGAGUGGAUCUCUCAGGCCACCGCCAUCUGGACCGCAAGGAAGAUUGCGUCUGAUUAUGGCAAAGACCCGGUUAUCACCUCCAUUUUGAAGAAAAUGGAUAUUUUCUUGCUGCCUGUGGCCAAUCCCGAUGGAUAUGUGUAUACACAAAACCGAAACCGGAUGUGGAGGAAAACACGCUCCCUGAAUCCAGGCAGCUCCUGUGUUGGGGUUGACCCCAAUAGGAACUGGAACGCUAGUUUUGCAGGUCAGGGAGCCAGCGACAACCCCUGUUCGGAAGUGUACCACGGACCCCACGCCCAUUCAGAGGUGGAAGUGAAGUCGGUGGUCGAUUUGAUCCAGAAGCAUGGGAACUUCAAAUGCUUCAUCGACCUGCACAGCUACUCCCAGCUGCUGAUGUACCCGUACGGCUACACCGCCAAGAAGGCCUCAGACGCCGAUGAGCUGGACAAGGUGGCAAAGCAUGCAGCUGAAGCCCUAGCUUCCCUGUCGGGCACCGAGUACCAAGUGGGGCCCACCAGUACCACUGUCUAUCCAGCGAGCGGGAGCAGCAUCGACUGGGCGUACGACCAGGGCAUCAAGUACGCCUUCACUUUCGAAUUGCGAGAUACCGGGCACUUCGGCUUCCUCCUGCCAGCCAACCAGAUCAUCCCCACGGCGGAGGAGACCUGGCUGGGGCUGAAGGUCAUCCUGGAACAUGUCCGGGACAACCUCUACUAGAGGGUAUCCCUGUGUACUGAGCUGCUCGCCCGCUGAGACCGCUCUUCUAGAAUGUUCCUUCUGUGGAAUCAGAGCGCUCUGACUUCGCCAUGAACUCAGGUCGGACCCUCUCCGGUCCCCCUCCCGGAAGCUCAUCCCUUCCGGUGGGAGCACUUCCACCCCUUCCCGUCUGGAUUCUGCUGUCUGGCGGAGCCGGUUGUAGGUCAGUACUUAACUCGGACAGGCUGUACUAAGCCCUGCUCCUGUUUCUACCUCCUGUUUGAACCAAAGGACGUCUGAGACAGUCCCCUCAUCUGUGUCCUCCAGGGGAGGCUCCCCAAGAGCCUCGGCGUCCUGGCCCUCCUCUCUUAGCCUCCUUCCAGAGGAGACUCAGAGUCUCCUCCCAUUUCUUCUCAAACACAUUUUCCCCGGGGGGUAGAAAAAAAUAAUCAAUCCUGGAGGAUUCACUGCGGCAAGGGCGAGGGGAGUGUCAUCUCCCUGUUCGGUUUUGUGGGUUUUUUUUGCUUUUGGGUCUCACUCUACAGAACGGAGAACCGCUUCCCAUCCCAGGCCCAAGAGACCUUGGAAACCCCCCGUUUGGGUCACUUGCUUCCUGUUAUUAUUUAGUGUAACCAGGACCCCAGAAGGAGAACUCUGCCCCUCCAGGGCUCGCACACCCCGAAACACUCACAAAAGUGUGAUGUGAAGAGCGGGGUUGCUAAAUUACCCCCACAUGUCCCAAUGUGCUCACCUCCACUGUGCCUUUUGAACUCACUUCAAAGAACUCACUUCACUCCACUCACUCGCCCUCAGCGUCCGGGCCCUAAAUCACCAUCGUGGCCUGGAUAAUCUCCGGGCUGGCACUUGCCGCCGUGUGCUCUCCCUUCCCCUGGCUUUUAGUCACCUGGCUUGCUCGCUCUCUCACUCCCUUUUUCUUUCUUCGUGGCCCGGAUAGUUGCUUUCUUUUCUUCUGCAUCUGUGCCUGGAAGCACCAAGGGGGAGGAAGAAUUUAGACAUUGGGCAUCUCUUGUUCCAUUUCUCUUCAGCACGGACCAUC